ACGACUCCUCCUCCACCUUCACCACUACCUCUCAAUCCUCUCACUCUCUCUCUCUCUAUCUCUCUCUCUCUCUCUCUCUCUCUCUCUCUCUCUCUCUCUCAAACGAAAAUGGCAGCAAAAACUCUGAUUGUUCUGUUGACAUUGUACAUGUUGAAUCCAACCUCAGCCAAAUCAACAACCUUCAAUGUGGUGGACUUUGGAGCCACACCAGAUGGCGUAACGGACUCGACGGAGGCGUUCUUGAGCGCAUGGAGCAAAGCAUGUGGGUCACCGAAACCCGCAGGGAUUCACGUUCCAAAAGGAGAGUUCUUAUUAGGAAGAGCCGUUGCGUUCAGUGGACAAUGUGCGAACAACGCUAUCUCCAUAACCCUUCGUGGCACUUUGCUCGCUCCUUCUGAUUAUCGCUUCGUUGAAGACGCUGACCAUUGGUUGACUUUUGACCAAGUUAGCGGCGUUUCCAUUCACGGUGGUACUCUUGAUGCCCGAGCCUCUUCCCUUUGGAAUUGCAAAACCUCUACCAAUUCUAAAUGCCCUGUUGGAGCCCCGUCACUUAGAUUUAGAAGCUCGGACCACGUUGUUGUGACUGGAUUGACCUCUCUGAAUAGUCAACUGUUCCACAUACUGGUGGAUGAAUGCCACAACGUAAAAUUGCAUGGAGUGAAGCUCAUGGCUGAUGGAAACAGCCCUAACACUGAUGGAAUCCAUGUCCAGUUCUCCACUGAUGUCACCAUCCUUAAACCUAGAAUUCGAACUGGGGACGAUUGCAUCUCUAUUGGCCCUGGCUCUAAGAACUUGUGGAUCGAAGAUGUUGCCUGCGGACCUGGCCAUGGGAUAAGCAUUGGAAGCUUAGGAUGGAGCUUGGACGAACCUGGUGUAAAGAAUGUGACAGUCCUAAAGACAACAUUCUCUAAGACUCUAAAUGGUUUUAGAAUAAAGACUUGGGGGAGGCCAAGUGAUGGAUUUGUGAAUGAUGUCCAUUUUGAACAUGCUAGCAUGAAUGAUGUCCUAAACCCCAUUGUAAUUGAUCAAAGUUACUGCCCUUCCUAUAGUGGCUGCCCUACUCAGGCCUCAGGAGUGAAGAUAAGUGAUGUUUCAUACAAAGACGUUCAUGGAACAUCUGCAUCACCUGUUGCUGUGAAAUUUGACUGCAGUUCAGAGAAGCCAUGCGAAAGGAUAACGUUGGAGGAUGUGAAGCUCACUUACAAGAACCAAACUCCUCAAGCUUUGUGUAAGCACGCGGGUGGAACCACAACGGGUACAGUUCAACCCAGGAGUUGCUUUGGAAACAAUAAUUAAUCAUGUGCUAAAAUUCAGAUGUAUUUUUUAACUGUAUUAUUUCCUUCUGAUCGAAACAAAUAUUUAUUUUAUUAAAAUUAAUAAAUAAUAGUUAU